CGACGACAACCUCGCAAGUUGCCUAAAGGCCAUCAUCAUAUCUUUGACUUCAUUAUCUGUUCUGAACCAGCCACUCAUAGUUGGGUCGCCCACCUAGUCACAGCUUUUAUUUCUCACAGCAAGCACCAUUAGAUUACCCGAAACACCUCAAAUAUGCCUCCCGCAGGAGCUGCCUUUGUGGCCAAACUCAAAGUCCAGCUGAAACUGGCUAUUGCCAGAUUGCGUAUGGUCCAGAAACGCGAUGAAGCCCUCGCCAAGACCCAGCGACGGGCUAUGGCGCAGUUGCUUGAUGUUGGCAAGGAGGACUCGGCCCGCAUCCGUGUUGAAAACAUCAUCCGGUCAGACAUCACCACCGAGCUUCACGAGAUUCUGGAACUCUACUGUGAACUCUUGCUUGCCCGCGCCGGUCUGUUGGAGGCGCCCACAUGCGACCCUGGUCUCGAGGAGGCCGUCAAGAGCAUCAUCUACGCCGCACCCAAGACCGAGAUCAAGGAGCUCCACCAAGUACGGACGCUGCUCGCGGAGAAGUUUGGUAAGGAGUUUGCGCUACAGGCGGUGGAAAACUCGGAUGGAAAGGUGUCGGAAAAGGUUGUCAAGAAGCUCAGCGUGACGCCACCGCGGGAAGAGCUUGUUGUUGGCUAUCUGGAGGAGAUCGCAAAGGUGUAUGGCGUGAACUGGCCAAAGAAGAAGGCACACUUGGGCGAGCCGCCUGACUUUAUGGACGAGGAUGAGAGCCCGAGCGGUGGGCAGGCUCAGAAGAACCUCGAGGUACCUUUAAAGGCGGAAGAUAAGGAGGCGGAGGCUCAGGAAGAGCUCAGCAAGGCAACGCCACCAGUGUCCUUCGGACCUGCGAGCCCACUACAUGUUAACCCACCACCGCCGUCAACCGACAAUAUCCAUCCCAAAGUCACCCUGAACCACCAGCAAUUACAAUCAAAGCAAUCUCCAGCGGGUGGUGGAGUUGUGAAGAAGGCGCCUGCGAAGGGGAGUAUCGCAGAUGGCAUUCCUGACGUGGACGAGCUGGCUAAGCGGUUUGCGGCUUUGAAAAAGUAGCAUGGUUUUGCCAUGAUAUGGACUUUUUUUUCAAGCGGUUUGUGCUUUUGCAGAACCAAACUACGAAGUAUGGGAGCGAAUCUUUGCAGCGGUACUAGUAUUUGUUGGCCUAUGACAUUUCAAGCGAAUCAUCAUCAAUUCGAAUAUUCUCAUACCUGGGCUGCUCGCUUGGUGUUGACUGACCCGUCGGAUACCGCGUUGCUAUUGGUAUAUGGCAAGGUUCUCUUGGUUCUUGGACUGCCAAGAAUUCCCCAAUCACCAAACCCUUCAUCAGUCCUUUUGAGGUUGUAGAGGCAUGGAUCACUUCCCAUGUUGAUAUUUCCGUGGCAGGCUGGCAGGAUGGCGCAGCCGUCAUGGUUGUGUCCGCCCCCUCCUCUUCAUUCCUGCCCCCGACUUCCGUAAACGGGGCAGAUGUGAUGGAAGGCCCCCGUCUGUCAACCACGCCAGAGGUGACUAAAUCAUCUGGCAAAGCUAGCGAGGGUAGCUCCUGCCUUGUUCGCUGGAUCCCCGCCGUGAAAUUGAUGGACGUUUGCUCUUUCCUUUCAUCCCAACUUGUGUCCCUUGAUUUCACACCUGAUGCCAGCUGCCUGCUCUGGUCCCAAUAUGACCUUUGAAUAUUACAGUACCAACGCAUCGACGCAGCCCAAGUCGAUUAAUUCCUUUGACCUUCCACAUUUCCAACAUCUCGCAGAGGUUGCUCAUCAAGAUAUUCCAAGCAACAAGCGGAUAUCACGAGGCUUUCAAGGAAACUUGCUCCCACUGGUAUCGCGUCCCUCCCACCUGGUCACGGGUGGGAAAACGAGCCAGAGUCACGGUCGCGUCAUUCAC